GCACCGUUAUGUUAUUUGCAUACGGAGCUGUCUAUAUAACCCAGUUGAGCCGAUCUUAUCAUUCUUGUUGCGGAUGAGUCUGGUGGUGCACUUGGAAGGGAGGAAAAUAAUUAGUAAAUAAAAAAGUUAGUUUAGACCAAAGGAGUACAAAAUGACCACGAAAACGUGGACCAAGCAGUACCCAUCAUCCUAUAAAAAGAUCUUCGGUGAGGAAAGACCCGCGAUGGCUCGAUCCACAUACUCAAGCCGCCAACUCUCCGGGCCAGUGCGAUCACGGGGUACCUACAGCGUCUCUUCAGCACCAUCCACCUACGCCACCAAAAGCUACCGGGUCCGCAGCAGCGCCCCGAUGCCCAAGCUGUCAUCGGACACGGUGGACUUCGCCCUGUCCGAUGCCAUCAACACCGAGUUCAAGGCCAACCGCACCAACGAGAAGGCAGAGAUGCAGCACCUCAACGACCGCUUCGCCAGCUACAUUGAGAAGGUGCGCUUCCUGGAGCAGCAGAACAAGGUACUGAUCACCGAGCUGGAGCAGCUGAAGGGCCGCGGCACGUCGCGCAUCGGGGACCUUUACGAGGAGGAGAUGCGUGAACUGCGGCGUCAGGUGGAACAGCUGAACAGCGAGAAAGCCAGAGUGGAGGUGGAUCGGGACAACCUGGCGAGCGACAUCGAGCGGCUCCGGGAGAAGCUCCGGGAUGAAGCUCUUCAGCGAGAAGAAGCUGAAAUAAACCUGCAGAGCUUCAGACAGGAUGUCGACAACGCCUCUCUGGCCCGCCUGGACCUGGAGCGGAAGAUGGAGUCUCUGGAGGAUGAGAUCGCCUUCCUGAAGAAGCUUCACGAGGAGGAGCUGGCCGAGCUGCAGACACAGAUGCAAGAGCAGCAUGUGCAGGUGGAGAUGGAGGUGGCCAAGCCAGACCUGACAGCCGCCCUGCGCGACGUCCGGCUGCAGUAUGAGAAUCUGGCCACCCGAAACCUCCAGGAGUCUGAGGAGUGGUACAAGUCGAAGUUUGCCGACCUUUCCGAGACGGCAGCCCGUAACCAGGAAGCCCUCCGGCAGGCCAAGCAGGACGCCAAUGACUACCGACGGCAGGUGCAGGUCCUCACCUGUGAGGUGGAUGCCCUCAAGGGCACAAAUGAGUCCCUGGAGCGGCAGAUGAGGGAGAUGGAGGACAACUUCUCCCUGGAGGCCUCCAACUACCAGGACGCCAUUGCCCGUCUGGAGGAGGAGAUUGGCGGCAUGAAGGUCGAGAUGGCGCGCCACCUGCGCGAGUACCAGGACCUGCUCAAUGUCAAGAUGGCACUGGACAUUGAGAUCGCCACCUACAGGAAGCUUCUGGAAGGGGAGGAGAGCCGGAUCUCUACCCCACUUCCCAGCUUCUCAUCUCUCAACCUGAGAGAGUCCAUGAUGGAGGCCAGGCCGGUGACUGAGAACAUGAAGAAGAAGGUCCUGAUAAAGACCAUCGAGACUAGGGAUGGACAAGUGGUGAACGAAUCGAACCACGAUGACCUGGAAUGAGGAAAGGAGGAGGAGGAGGAUGACACUCAGCUAAGCCAAAGCGGGGGGGCGUAGCUAUGAAAAGAGAGAGUAGAAACGGCUUUGCAUACUUUAAAAAAAUAAAACACACACAUGCACACAAACUGACGUACAUAAACAAGAAAACAGUGCCUUUUAGCAAGACAGGGAGCCGUAAGUUAGGAAGGGUUGUGUUACAACAAGAUGGAAGGUGUAGCAUGGGCGUGGCUUAGUAACACUCACCGUAAUACCUCUAAUAUACGCUCACCUGGUUACAUGAAAGUUAUUCUGAGGAGCUGUGAAGUUUGUGCCUUAACUAAGAGUAGCGUUUCCUAUGUGAGCAGUCAGUGGAGCUGCUGAUUCUGCUUUUGUAGAUCAAUAAAAUACAAAAAAUAA